UCUCGUUGGCUUCAGCAAAAAUUUCGAGAAACACCACAUCUGCGAGCACCAUUUAUUUAUUUUUGUAAUUUAUUUCUUUAUCGUAAGUUUUACCAAUGUUUUCCUUGACGCGUAAACUCGGAUCGCUGAAGCCCUGUUAUGAUACUCUCCUAAGUAACACAGUGUUGCUAUCUCUUUGCCGAUCUACUUCAGUGAGGGCCACUAUAUGGACAGGCCAAGAGAAACUUGAAGAUGAUGACCCACAAAUGUACGACUUGAUUCAACAGGAAAAGGAUCGUCAAGUUAGGGGACUAGAACUCAUUGCCUCAGAGAAUUUCUGCAGUCGUGCUGCCUUAGAAGCUAUGGGAUCUUGCUUAAACAACAAGUAUUCUGAAGGGUACCCUGGUCAAAGAUAUUAUGGAGGAACACAGAUAAUUGACAAAAUUGAACUGCUUGUUCAGAAGAGGGCACUUGAGGCCUUUAAUCUGGAUCCAAAGGAGUGGGGAGUGAAUGUUCAACCAUACUCAGGGUCGCCUGCUAAUUUUGCUGCCUACACUGGUCUUUUGAAGCCGCAUGACAGAAUAAUGGGGCUUGAUUUGCCUCAUGGGGGACAUUUAACCCAUGGCUUCAUGACUGAUACUAAGAGGAUUUCAGCAACAUCAAUUUACUUUGAGUCAAUGCCAUACAGGCUUAAUGAAGACACAGGCUUAAUAGACUAUGACAAAUUAGAAGAAACUGCUCGUCUUUUCCGUCCUAAACUGAUUAUAGCAGGAGCCAGUGCUUACUCCAGACUUUAUGACUAUGAGCGAAUGAGAAAGAUUGCUGAUGAGCAUAAAGCAGUUUUACUGGCAGAUAUGGCUCAUAUCAGUGGCCUUGUAGCAGCUGGGGUGAUCCCCAGUCCAUUUGAUCACUCCCAUGUAGUGACAUCAACAACUCACAAGACUUUAAGAGCUGUCAGGGCUGGUUUAAUAUUUUAUCGUGUUGGCGUCAAAGGAAAAAACAAGAAAACUGGGAAAGAUAUCAUGUAUGAUUUUGACAAGAACAUUGACUUUGCAGUGUUUCCAUCUCUCCAGGGAGGGCCACACAACCAUGCUAUCGCUGGAGUGGGUGUGGCACUAAAACAGGCAAAAAGCCCUAUGUUUAAAGAAUAUCAGCUUCAGGUUUUAAAGAAUGCCAAAUCAAUGGCUAAAGCUUUGACUGAUUUAGGAUAUUCUAUAGUAUCAGGUGGUACAGACAAUCAUCUUCUUCUACUUGAUCUUAGACCAAGGGGUAUUGAUGGAGCUCGUGUGGAGAAAGUUCUAGAAAUGGCAUCAAUCACUGCAAACAAAAAUACCUGCCCUGGGGACAAGAGUGCCUUGAAACCUGGAGGACUAAGAUUAGGAGCACCUGCCCUUACUUCCCGUAACUUCAAAGAAGAGGACUUUGUGAAGGUUGUGGAGUAUUUGGACCAAGGGGUGAAUAUAGCAGUAGAGGCACAAAGUGCAACAGGUGAUGCCAUGAAGGACUUCCUUUCACACAUUGAAUCAAACCCAGAAACAAAGGCAAAAAUUGACUCUCUCAGGGCAAAUGUGGAGAGUUUUGCAAGAGGUUUCACAAUGCCUGGAUUUGAAAGUCGCUGAUUUGAGAGGCAAUUGAUAACAAGAGUGAGUCAUGAUAUCCAAUCUUUCAGGAUCAGAACUUUCAUUCAGUGAAGAGCUUGCUGGAAUGAGGUAAUUUGCUAUUUCUGAAAUUCUUGCCAAAAGAAAUGAAUUCUCCAUUGAGAUCCUAAUAAAUCUUUGAUGACUGGCCCAGAGAACUUGGUGAUACUGCAUUGCGCUUGUCAGCUUUUUUCAUGAAGUUAAGGAGAAGUCUAGCAGCUUGAAGAACUUGGAAGGCCAAAUAAUAUGCAUACGAAUACAUCUUAAGAUAAUUCUCUUUAAAAAGUUUUGGUUGGUUUUAUCCAAAGAUAGGGGAUUGAAAUUUUUAUCUAUGAAAGGAUGACUUGGGAACUCAUUCUGCCUUAUAUGCAAUAUUUUUACCAAAGCAGUGGCAUCCUGAUAUUGUCUAUGAAGUGAAAACUACCAGGUGCUUGUACACAAGUAGUGUGGGAAAGUUAUGAGGAGUUUUUCUCGAAGAAAGAGUCAUUAAACAAGUUAGUGCCAAAUUCUUGCCAAUUUGGUAAUGUUGCUUUUUGCUUCAUCAGAAUUGGUAACAUUUGGGAAUACCUUAGAUUUAUUCAUCAGAGGGCAUGCAAAACGUUUGAAAAGUAUGACAGAUAUCUAUAAACACAACAUAUUUCAGUCUAUUAUACAGCUUUACCUGAAUUUGUAAUAAAAUAUUGGAAUUAUG